CGUGUGUUGCUGGCAGGCGAGGGGGAUGUGCACAGCCAUGUUCCUUGCUGCAGCCUUAUUACCUGAGCUUUAUUGUGGCGCUUAUCACCCUGUGCAUGUAUUAUUCUCCACACAAAAGGUGAUUAAACCCGCGGUGCACGUGCAGUGGAUGCAGGUCUUCAUGACUCACUCACUUUAUACCCACGUGGGCUGUAUCUCCGGAAGAUCCACCAGAGAGAUAAGUUAGCGUUAAAGACAUAACUCUGGUCAAAGGUGCUCCGUCCGUAUUCUCUAAGCAGGUAACCUCCGUACGGGCUGGGCCCCGCUGAGGGGAAUGCCAGGAGGGAUUAGGUCAGCUCAGAUCACCUGAUGGGAAGCUGAGAGGCAGGGGGGGGGCGACCUCACUAAAAGUAUGCAUGCAUGUGAUUGUGUGCAUAUGCACGCCAUGAAGGCAGCUUUGUCCUCCUGGAUUCAUUAACUCGUAGGGGCCUUGUUGGGGGGCAGUACUCCGGAAAGGAAAGGAAGAGGGUCUGUGUACAGCUGCACAGGGAAGCCAUAGCAUAGCAGGUCUCCACAGCUGUAAUUACUACUUUGAGCAACAGUUGUUUGGGGAGAAUAGAAAUAACACAUCCUUAUUACCGUGACUUCACAUCAUUCAUAUUAAUAAUUAUGAAAAAAAGGCAGAGUUGUACAUGUUUUUCCUUUAAUUAAUCUCUGGAAGCACAAUCAUAAAAAGAUAACCAGAGCCUAUGCCUACACCUUAUUAAAGCAAUUCGUCAUGAUGACAAAUCUCGAUUUUGUGGAACGUGAACAUUGUGAAUGUUCAGCAGGUCGAAUGAAUGGGGAUUCAUUUGACAUGCUCAUGCUCAUCUUCAGAGAUCAACCUCCUUAGAACCGAGAGCCACGGGCCUCGGCCCAUGUGAGGUUGGCCCAAAAUCUUCAAUGAAUGUGAGACUGAUGCAUUCUGAAAGCUGAAAAAAGGUGCUUUUUCACAGAGGCAAUAAUUACCCAUGUUGGACUAUGAGGGAUGGGGCAUGCACAGAGCAGGGCGUUUCUGCCAGAUCAUGGGCGUCCUCCAAAAUGACACGCAUCAGCACUACCGUAUCAGAAGGGUGAUAAAUAGGGCUUGUAUAAAAGAAUAAUGUGAAUUAGCUGAAUAACAUAUGCUAUCAAUUGUCUCUUCCGAGUGCACCUUCGUGGCAGCAGGUGAACCAGAAAGGACCAACGCGGCCCUCCCACCUCAAGCUCAGUUUUCAACUGGACCAUUAGCACGCAGGCUCCUGACACCUGGACCCCAGAGGAAGCAUGUCGUGCAGUGGGAUCAAGUCCUUCAUAGUCAGCCUGUCCCGGCGGAAGCCCCUGGAGCCCGAGGGAGAGGAGUCCACGUUUGUCCGAUGCCUGACCACGCUGGACCUGGUGGCCCUGGGGGUGGGCAGCACCCUGGGAGCCGGCGUCUACGUCCUCUCCGGUGAGGUGGCCAGAGCCACGGCCGGACCCAGCAUCAUCAUCUCCUUCUUCAUCGCCGCCGUGGCGUCCGUCUUCGCCGGGCUGUGCUACGCUGAGUUCGGAUCCAGGGUUCCCAAAACAGGCUCAGCCUACCUGUACAGCUACGUCACCGUCGGGGAGCUCCUGGCCUUCAUCACCGGAUGGAAUUUGCUGCUCUCCUACGUCAUAGGGACCUCAAGCGUUGCUCGGGCAUGGAGUGGCACCUUUGAUGAACUCGUAGGAGGCGUCAUGGCAGACUUUUUUGGAAAACACACCUCCAUGAACGCACCUGGCCUGGCCCCUUACCCAGACUUCUUUGCUGCUGGUCUUAUUUUGCUAUUGGCAGGCCUUCUGGCGUUUGGGGUGAAGGAGUCAACAACGAUUAACAAGGUCUUCACAGCCGUCAACAUUGUGGUGCUGCUGUUCGUGGUGGUCGCCGGCUGCAUUAAGGGAGAUAUCGCCAACUGGCACAUCACCCUCGAUACCCUGCUGAACAGAUCGGACAUAUCCUCAAACCUUACCCCCACAGCCAACCUUACAACAAGUGAUUUCGGAACUGGGGGUUUCUUCCCUUAUGGUUUUGAAGGAACACUGGCCGGAGCUGCUACUUGUUUCUACGCUUUCGUUGGAUUUGAUUGUAUCGCAACCACAAGUGAGGAGGUGAAAAACCCUCAGAAGUCCAUCCCCAUCGGCAUCGUGGCUUCACUGCUGAUCUGCUUCCUGGCUUACUUUGCCGUGUCGGCUUCGCUCACGCUCAUGAUGCCCUACUACCUGCUCGAUCUCCAAAGCCCGCUACCGGUGGCUUUUGAGUACAUUGACUGGGCUCCUGCCAAAUACGUAGUGGCGGUUGGUUCACUCUGUGCCCUGUCUACAAGUCUGCUGGGAUCCAUGUUCCCCAUGCCCCGGGUGCUCUUCGCAAUGGCCCGAGAUGGCCUGCUCUUCAAAUCCCUGAGCAAGGUCAGCAGCAGGGGGAGUCCCGUUGUGGCUACACUGUCUUCUGGAGUCGUGGCAGCCUUCAUGGCGCUGCUGUUUGACCUGAAGGCCCUGGUGGAUAUGAUGUCCAUUGGAACCCUUUUUGCGUACACCCUCGUGGCUAUAUGCAUUCUAAUACUCAGAUACCAGGAAGACGAGUCGGAUGCCUCAGAAGAAAUAAUGGUCGAAACAUCGACCAAAUGUGGAUGCAUAAAGACUCCCUCCUAUCCCAACUCCAAAACCUCAAACAGAGUUACCAUGUUAACAGUGUUUUCCAUUGUGUGUGUGAUUGGGCUCUGUGUGAUCCUUGCCCAAGCCAUGUACGCUCUGCAGGAGCAACAUGCGUGGAGUCUGGUGUGUGUCUCCAUACUGGUCGCUGCGCUGGUGGUCACAGUGGUGGUCAUCUGGAUACAACCACAGAACCCUAAGAGGGCCUCUUUCAUGGUGCCGUUUAUUCCGGUCCUGCCUGUUUUGAGUCUGUUCAUCAACGUCUACCUGAUGGUGCAGCUUGGACCAGACACCUGGCUCCGAUAUGGUGUCUGGAUGUUAGUGGGGUUCAUCAUCUAUUUUGGCUAUGGAGUCCGACACAGUGUUCAGAAGAGGCGUGAACAGUCCAACACAGAAAAAACAUUCCCAUCCGUAAGCAGAGAAAUAGACAGAGAAGACAGAGAAGGCAGAGAAGAUAUGCCCCCGGAAACUAAGUUCUGAGCCAGGCUGUAGGGUAUGAUAUUUGUUACCGCAUGUGUCUACUGUUGAGACUGUUGUCAGUCAGUAGGAUUAUACUGUAUUGUAUGCCCACAGACUUAGGGUCCCAUGCGUUUGAAUGUGUGACUGUAUUACAUGGUAAUAUAGUUUGUGCCUGUACAUACUGUACAUAUUUUAACGUGGCCUUCCUGUGGUAUAAGCAAUAGAAAGCCAUCUGACUGGAACAUUUGAACUGUGUAAAAUAAGAUUUAAAGUGAGGAAAUUUCAUGUGAAGUUGUGUACAGAGAAUGGGAUUUUUUUUAACGAGAAAACAUAAAACUGUACAAUAUAAAAUAUUGCUUGAGUGUUUAUAAAGGCCAAUUUAAAUAAUAACAAUAAAUGUUUACAUUCUACUUUUCAAGAUGUAAUUUAGAGCACAACUUCAGAAGAUGUGUAUUUGUUUAUUUAUGUUUGCAAAGAUAGAAAUACCCCUACUUUAAAUAUGGAGUAGCUUUUGAGGAAUCAAAACAUUAUUUUAAUUAUUCCAUAUUAAUGCAUGCAUAUAUUUCUGUAAAUAUGUACAAAAAAAAAAAAUGUACAUAAUUCCUUAAUCAUGCAUUGUACAUCUUAUACAAAAUAAAAAAGAAGAAAAUUCGGAAGGA